GCCAGCCUGCUGCUCAGUCUUGAAAUGGAAGCAGUGAGGUUGAGAGCAGUGGGAGGGACCUCCAGCUAAAGGCAGGGCGCGGACCCAGGAUGUCCACCGUCCCGCCUCCCCUCUCCUAUGUGACCGCGCAGGAGAUGCGCUGCCUCCUGCACUGGCUCUCCGGCUGGUCCCCGGCGCAGCGCGAGUGCUUCAUCCGCGACAUGGCGGACAAGGCCGUGCCCUGGAAGGUGCUCCCGCUCCUGGAAGGCCUGGCCGGGCUCAGCAUGGACCCCGGGAAGCCUCCCUCCAUCUUCGAGUGCCAGAUGCGCCUCUGGGACCAAUGGUUCCGCGGCUGGACGCAGGAGGAGCGCAACGAGUUCGUGAGGCAGUUGGAGGAGGUCCUGCCAGAGGUGGCUUCGCGCAUGUUCCAGGAGAUCGCGGCGACGGCGGGGAAGGAUUAAUGGGAGCCGCAUUCUGCAAAUAUUUUGCAUUGAGGACUCUUUUUUUUUUAAUUUGCAUUCCUGCAGAGAUGUGUUUUGAACUUCCCACCUCCCAUUCCUUGAAUCAUAACACAACUUGAAUAAAGAUUGAAUUAGUAAAGA